AUGUCUUGGGCGUCUCUGCUCCUGACUGCGUGGUCCUCCAGGUCUCCCUCCCUGCUGCUUGUUGUGAUGGUGAGCAGGGAUGUGGGGCUCAGGGUGGGUCUGGAGGGGGUGCAGACCUCCAUGUGCUCUCGCACGGGCUCACCGAUGGAAGAGAGCAACCUGGGGCAGGAUGGAGACAUUGUCCUCGAGGCCCAAUCUGUCCCUGUGAUCAUUGAUGGUGAUGCAUCCCGAUCAGCCAUGAUUCUGUCUCGGACCCUAGGUCCUCUGUUCAUACCUAUGAUCAGCUACCUUGCUAGUUGUCCCUGCCUUAGUGACAGACAACAGUAUCCUAACUUCUUCCGGACCAUUCCCAGUGACAUCAACCAGGCUAAGGUCAUGGCCCGCCUUGCCAUACGCUUUAAUUGGACUUGGAUUGGAGCUGUGCUUUCAGAUAAUGACUAUGGCCGUCUGGCCAUCCAGGUGACUGACAGACAGUUCCUAGCCAGCGAGGCUUGGAGCACCGCCACUGAUCUUUUACACAAUGUUGCCCUCUCUAAAGUUGCAAGCGGUGUGUUAGGGGUGGCUAUUCGCAGUGCAGGUAUACCAGGAUUUGAACAAUUUCUGAGAAGGUUACAUCCUUCUGAUCGUCCGAGUGAUUUCUUUUUAAGGGAAUUCUGGGAAAAGGAGUUUGGCUGUAGCCUUUCAAUGACACAAUCAAAAGUUACAGCUCUGUCCAAAAAAAAUAUCUCGACUGCGUCUCAUGCUAACAGGUCUCCACUGGCAGCUUCCAUACCGCUGUGCAGUGGCAGAGAGACCCUAGAAGGAGUGAAGAAACGUUUUACUGACACUUCCCACCUAAGAGCCGCAUAUAAUGCCUACCUUGCUGUGUAUGUUGCGGCCCACGGCCUGCACAGCCUUCUGUCGUGCCCAGAUGAAGGCAGUGCUCCAACAGACAACAGCUCCACCUGUAGCUCACCUUAUAACAUUACACCAAAAGAGUUAUUGGAACACCUGAACAAGGUGAAUUUCACUACUCCACACGGGGAGACGUUUUUCUUUGAAGGAGCCGACAUCCCAGCUGUUUAUGACCUGGUCAACUGGAAGAGCACCCCUGAUGGGUCACUGGGAAUGUUUACAAUUGGUCGCUUGGUUGGAUCUGAUCUCCAUCUCAACGAAUCAGCCAUUCAGUGGAGUACAGGUUCCACUCAGGUGCCUAUUUCUGUAUGCAGUAAGAGCUGCCUCCCAGGAACCCGAAGAGCCAAUAGGAAAGGAGAGCCUGUCUGCUGCUUUGACUGUAUCCCCUGCACUGAUGGAGAGGUCAACAAUGAGACUGGUUCUCAUCAGUGCAGGCGAUGUCCUAUUGAGUUCUGGUCCAACACGGGGAACACGGCCUGUAUUCCUCGCAAAGUGGACUUCCUGUCUUUUAAUGAGACUAUGGGUAUCGUCCUGACAACAGCAGCUGUGUCUGGUGCUGUGGUGACGGCAGCUGUGUUUAUCGUCUUCCUCCACUAUCGACACACUCCUGUGGUGCGUGCAAAUAACUCAGAGCUGAGCUUCCUGCUCCUCCUGUCACUCAAGCUCUGCUUCCUGUGUGCGCUGGUGUUCAUUGGUCGUCCCUCCGUGUGGUCCUGCCGCUUACAGCAGGCAGCUUUCGGGAUCAGCUUUGUCCUCUGCGUCUCCUGCCUUCAGGUGAAGACCAUAGUGGUCCUGGCCGCUUUCCGCUCAGCUCGGCCAGGAGCUGGAGGCCUGAUGAAGUGGUUUGGCACAGGCCAGCAGAGGGGUAGCGUCUGCUUCUACACCUGUAUACAGGUGAUCAUCUGUACCAUAUGGCUGUCCCUCAGCCCUCCUGUGCCUUAUCGUGACCUUGGUUUCCAGGGGUCAAAGGUUAACCUAGAGUGUGCCAUGAGUUCAGUGGUGGGCUUUGCAGUUGUCUUAGGCUACAUAGGCUUCCUAGCCUGCCUCUGUCUCCUCCUUGCUUUCCUGGCUAGGAAACUACCUGAUAACUUCAAUGAGGCCAAGUUCAUCACCUUCAGCAUGCUGAUCUUCUGUGCUGUCUGGGUGGCCUUUGUCCCAGCCUACAUCAGCUCUCCAGGGAAGUACUCAGUGGCUGUGGAGAUCUUUGCCAUCCUGGCUUCUAGUUAUGGCCUGCUGCUGUGCAUCUUUGCUCCAAAGUGCUUCAUCAUCCUCUUAAAACCAGAGAGAAAUACCAAGAAACACCUGAUGGGCAGAUAGAAAAAUAUAGAUUUUCCAAAGAGCAAAGACCAAAAUAUUUUACAAAUAUCAUCUUUAAUUCAUGUGCUGUUUAUCGCUUUGUAAAAUGGACCCAUCUUUGUUGCUUAAAUCCAUCUUUACUGUUUAAAUACAUAAAAUAAACACAUCCUUACUCACAUUAGUUUAAUUAAUUAUUGCUGUUAAAAAAAAAGCUUGUGACCAAAAUAGUGUGCUCACGUCUAGUGUAACAUUACUUUUUUGAUGCAAAAUGUUAAUUUAUAUUUAAAGGCAAUGUGA